AAAAAUACCGAAAAACAAAGAGGAGUAGAGAAAGAGCGAGAGAGGGAAAGAGGAAGAGACAAAGCUUAGGAUAUCAUGCGAUGAGAGGACGGUGGUAUGGUUUCGGUUUCCCAUUCUCUUCCUGUACUAUUAUUUUCCUUUUCCACUUCCUCUUCUCGGCUGUGUUUUUAUUCUCUUUUUUAUUCCUUUUUUUCUACUUAUUUUCCAUUCUCAUGUUUCCUUUUAAUGCUUUUAUUUAUAACUUUCUCGAGUUCUAUCCUCUUCCUUCCCCUAUCUCGGUAUCUCUGUCCGCCUGUCUCCAUUAUUCGCUGUCUCUCCUACCCUGUCUCUCUGCAUUUUCUGCUCGAAUCAUUCCUGAUGUAUAGGUAUAGACCGGUGGGUUUAUAGGGGGGGGGAAAGCAAGGCGCAGAGAGAUACAUGUGUACUGUUUUCCCAAGGAACGUUGGGAGAGGGUGAUUCCCCCCCGCCCUCCCCUUUUCCCCGCGAAAAGGGGGAGGGGAAGUUAUUUGCAUUACCAGCCAAAGCUACGCGUUGAUUCCUUACGAUAUACUGGGGGAG